CAAAAUCUCUGGCAACACUGGUUCAAAAUCAAUUUGCGAUCGAAUGAGCUUUUUCAGGUUAUGUGUCAAACUGUGGAAUAUUUGCAAAUAUUAUACCUAUUUAAAUCAAAUAAUGUCAAAUAAGAAUAAUCCUUCACCAGGCGACGGACUGAGAUCUGUUAGAACUACCACUUUAUUCAGAGCUGUUAAUUUUGAAUUAUAUGCAAAACCAAAUGCUGUUAUUAUGGGGAUUGGAUUGAUAGCUAUAGCUGGCUGUACCGGAUAUAUAGCUUAUAUGCGAAGUAAAUAUGAGGGACAAGGAUAUUAUGGUGCCAUUCAGGAAGACGGAACAGAACACUUUAUUAAAAAAAGGUCAAAGUGGGAUUAAUAUUGGAUAAUUUUGCUUAUAUAAUUGUAUAUAGUAGUUUAGAGAUGAAUUUUCAUUUUGUGGCAAUGAAGAUUGGCUGUAAAUUAAUUAGGUCAACAAUAAAAAAAAUUUAAUACACUGA